ACACAGCCAGCUCCCGCGGGAAAGCCAGGGAGAGGAGCCAAGAAACAAUGUGCUCAGGCUCCAGGAACCUGCAGCUGCAGCACUGAAUGGGCUCAUUCAAUCCGGUCCUAGAGGCUAGAGGGGUUUAGUGACCAGCCACAGGAAAGAGCUUCCAUGCCCCUAGGAGCUGGGCAUCCCGUUCCCCUGGCUCGCCCUCCCCCCUGCUCCCCCCAGGCCGUGCUGUGCCAACUUUGCCUGCCUCUCUCCAUCAGCUCCCGGCAACAGAUCGAUGACAGAGAUUGCAAUGGGCAGGGUGCUGGCCGGGGGCAGGGGGCGGAGUAGGGCAGCUUCUGGGGCAUUAGUUAAUGGAAGACUAAGAUCAACAGAGGGGAGUUCUUGGGGUGGGUGAGAGCGGCAGACGGCUCCCUGGGAUCCAUUCGCCACCCGCACAGAUGAAGGGGCUGCUAGUUCUGGGCUUGGGCUUGGUGGCCCUGGCUGCGGCGAGCAGAUUGACGCUGCAGGAGAGGGUGGUGGACUUGGUGCUGGAGGCUUUUCACAACAGGAGCGUCGUGCAAUGGAUGUACAAGGAGCAGGCGGUGGAAGAAGUCACUGAAAGAGAGUAUCCGGCGGGGUCCUUUGUGCGGCUGCGGCUCCGGCUCCAGCAGACCCAGUGCCCGAACCAGCCGGGGAGCAGGCAGGACUGCGCCCUCAAACGCAGGGGGAGGAGGCAGAUCUGCCUGGCUUGUGUCAAGUUUGACUCCCGCAGCCCAAGCAAGGUGCUGGAUAGCCACAUGCACUGCAGGACGGAGACGCAGCACGCUGUGAAGGUGAGGGCGCCCGCGGGCAGGGAUCGGGCUCAGAGCCGCUCUCCUGGGAGCAGGGUGCUGGGAAAACCCCACACGUGGGGCAAAGGGCCUGGGAGCCGUGCUGGGUGGGGCCAGGCUCAGCUGGGCCAUUCAGCCCCCCAGGUCCCACUCCCAGGCGCAGCAUGGCUCUGCGCACACAGGACGGACAGACACCCGUGCCCCGGGUGGAUGCCAAGACACACACGUGCCCACGACACAGGCCCACAGACGUGCACACGCAGGCAACCCACGAGCACAGGGGCUCAGUGGUUCCAUGCUCUGUGGAGACUGAUGGUGCCAACAGCGCUGGGCCCAGCCCAUGCCCCCCGGGCGCUGCUUGGGGCUGCAUCCGCACCACCUCCCUGGCCGGAGCUGUGGCCUCCCUGUGACCUGGCACCUCUGCCCCUGCAGGAGAUGGAGACGACGAGACAUGAGGAGAAGUGCAGGACUGUGCAGGAGACGGGCGAAGCGCCCUACCAUCCCGGCCGCUUGGCCUUCUCCAGAGGGCUGCCGUCCUAGCCCGGGCGGCACCCCCACAUCCACAGCAUGUGCCCACAAUGCCAGGGCACCUCUGGUGCCCCCCAUCCUCGGAAGGACACGGCUAUCACGGCCGCCCAGCGGAGACCCGGCGACCACC